AUGCCGUCCCUGUGGGCGCAAAUAACCGGUCCCCGGCUCUACGGAGUAUUCGGAGAACCCCAAAGACAGGAAUCGACGCUGGAAAGCCUGGGAAACACUGCCAUUUCUUUUUCUUCAGGUAGAAAUUGUUUUUGCAGUUUAAAAAAGAUGUAUCAGCGAUUGUGAGUUUGAAAAAUCCAAAGACACGCCUCAAAAAUCGUUUAUAAAUUCAAAAAGUUGUUUGUUUUCCAGGAAUCUACUAUGUGGCGAGCUCUCUGGCGUUCGGACCCGUUAUUCUGUGCUAUUUGUACAGUAGAGACUGGCUGACACCCGCCGGAAUGAUCAUUUUGCUCAGAUACGCCAGUUACUUGACGCUCAUCGGCUAUGGAGCCAGGUAACAGCGGAAAAUGCAAUUUUUUGCCUUUAAAAUCUUCAAUUCUAUCGACAAUAGCCAAUUUUCCCAGUUUUCAGAACAUUUGGACGUUUCUUCGACGAGAAAAAUUCGCAAUUUUUGGAUGUUUGGGAAAAAGAGCAUGAUAAGGUUUGUGUGAAAUUUUACUACGGCCCGGCCCGGCCCGUGACCAGUAUCAGGCCUGGGCGAGCGAUUCGGUUCACGCUGAUUGAGAAAUUGCUUUCUGGGCCAUAAGGUACAUAAGUGCGGACCUUAGUUGGAAAACAAAACAGGAAACAGUUUCGCUCUUUUGUCUCUGCAUGUUCGCACGCAAAUCGCUUCCUUCUCCAAACCAAAAAAUGCGGAAAACCCUUCAGAAAGUCGAGAACAACCACGUGGCGCUGAAAAAGUACGACUUCGAGUUGGUGAAGGUGUCGCCCGACUUUGUGGCGCGUCCGAAUCCGGAACUGUGGCACCUGGAGCCGGUAGCGUCGGAAUCGAAUGUGUUGACACGUGGAUUGGCGAGCUGGGCGGUGCACGCAUUCGGCCGCCACCUCAUCUACCCGGGAUCGAUGGCUUUGCUCAAGUUUAUGAUGAGAUCCAGCCUCAAUUCGGCCAGAAAACUCAUGGUUCAGGCCAAGGUGGGCGGGGCGAAUUUAGACGAACAAUUCUUAUGGCAACAUUUGCAACAACUCAAUUUUAGGACGGAAAGCGAAUUUGGAUAAAGACGGCGGAAGGCGACCUGAUCGACGCGAUGUUUCUGAAGGGAAAUGCGAAUUUGUCGCAGACUUUGGUCAUUUGUUUCGAGGGAAACGCCGGUUUCUACGAAGUUGGCGUCAUGAAUUCGCCCGCACAGUUGGGCUAUUCGGUAUGCCACUUUUUUGCAAUAUUUAAUACAAAAUUGUAUUUUUGCACCUUUCAGACGCUCGGCUUCAACAUUCCCGGGUUCGGCGAGAGUUCGGGCCUUCCGUACGCGAAAAACACGUUGGCGGCGGCGGACGCGGUGUUCCAGUACGCGGUGCAGGAACUACGGUACCGGCCCGAACAGAUUGUGCUCUUCGGAUGGUCCAUUGGCGGAUUCCCGACCUCGUGGCUCGCUGCCAACUAUCCCAGUACGCUUUUUGGGCGGAAAUCUGGGGCCUUUUGCUCAGCCCUGGUUUAAUCCCGAAAUUUCUCAAUUUCAGACGUGAAAGCCGUAAUUCUGGACGCCACAUUCGACGAUCUGCUCCCGUUGGCCCAGUUCCGAAUGCCUGCUGUUUGAAUUUUCUGUUAAAAAUGAGAAAAUAAUUCCGUUUUUUGCAGUUCUUCGGCUCCAUCGUCGAGCACGCCAUCAGAAAUCACAUGAAUUUGCAAAUUGAUAAACUGGUAAAAUUUUCUAGCGUUUAUGAAUGAAAGAGUGUGGAAAAAAUGCAAUUUUUCAGCUUCACCGCUACAAAGGACCGCUCCGUCUGAUUCGACGUCUUCAAGAGGAGAUUCUGACGACGGCGACGGACGAGCAGCCGGAAAAUGUGCGUCGGCAGACGAAUCGCAUCAAUUGGCUUCUCAAAUCGGUCAUUUUGUCGCGGCAUCCGGAACUUAUUCAGGGAUUAGAACCACAGGUACAAACAUUGUCUUUUAUCAUCGAGUCUUUUAAUGAGCAUUCUCGUUGAGGUGGACCGCUGGCUGGACAUGACGCCGACGGAACGUCUGAUGCACUCGGGAGUCAGUCUUCGUGAGGAAUCGCAGCAAAGAAAGCGCCUUUUCGACGCGUGCACCCAUUAUUUGGUCGAUUUCGACGCCAAUCACGUCACUCCGUUGGAUCCAAAGUACGUAAAUUUGGGGAAACAAUUGUGUGACUUCUCCGGACUAUGACAGGUUGUCUAGUUGUUCUAGCUGUCUAAAUUUCUUCUAUGGGUCAUAUUCGUUCAGUUUCCACUCAUUUGAACCCACUAGGAUACCUGGCACGAGAACUAGAUUCACUAAUGUCCAGAUUGCCGGAGUGUCCUUAUGGCGCCGCAAUCUAGACAUUUCAGACUUUACCCGGACUGUAAUAGGUUGUCAAGUUGCCUAAACUGUCUAAAUUACUUCUAUGGGUCAUAUUAGUUCAGUUUCGAAUUCCAGUUUCCAAUUUGGCAAUACGAAAACAUCACUAGUUUCUUUGCGAAAAAAGUUAUUUAAUUUCUCCAAUUUUCAGCUAUUUCAACAUCCCGGAACUUCGUGAAAUCUUCUAA